UGCUCAGAUCCGCUCGGAUCAUUUCUCCACACACACCAGUUCAGAGGAAGAGCAGAACCCGAGAGAGACGCUGAACAUCGACACACGUGAGGAGCUAAACUACAAACCCAUUCUGAUCUGAGCUCUGAAGCUUAACGUGAAUGCAGGCAUGCUUUGAAAUGAAGGCUGUUUAUAGUUAUUUUUAUUUUUUAAAUAUUGCCUUUGAAACCCAGAUAUUUCGUGCCUAAAGGAUUUUUUUCUUGAGAACAACCCGCGUUUCAUUUAAAACGAUGCCCGUGCAUGGAUUUAUAUAUCGUGUACAUUUUAGAAUAUUUAAAAUUAUGCAUGAUUUCAAAGUUAGUGGUGAGUGAGCCGUUAAUAAAGGUGAUAGUUUGAAUAUAAAUCAGUUUAUGCAGUCUUGCAAUUUUUCAAAGGGAUUCCCAUGAACAAUAUAUGAAUCCUUUUGGGUUUUUAAUGCAUUUUGUGCUUUUCUGGUGGGAUUGAAACAGCAUUAUGUUAGAUCUAUGUUGAAUAUUUCACCCUGAGACUGUUCCUCUGUAAGAGUCAUGAUGGCAAAACACUGUCCUAACGAUGACCUGAGUAAGAUCUCUGAUGAUGAACUGAUCCGAUGGAGCAAGGAGGACUUGAUUAAGAGGCUGCGAAGGGUUGAUGGCGAGAAGAUGAGCCUGAUGCUGGAACAUGGGAACAUGAUGAAGGACAUCAACCGCAGACUGCAGGUGCACCUCCACGAGAUCCGUAAUCUAAAGGAUAUCAACCAGAAACUGCAAGACGAUAACCAGGAGCUCAGGGAACUCUGCUGCUUUCUCGACGACGAUCGGCAGAAAGGUAAGAAGCUGUCUCGGGAAUGGCAGAGGUUUGGCAGGUAUACGGCGAGCUCCGUGUGGAAGGAGGUGAGCACCUAUCAGCAGAAACUCAAGGACCUGGAGGUCAACCAGGAGAACAUUCUUCGGGAGAAUUCAGAACUAAAGGAAAUCAUUCUCAUGUUGGAUGAAGACCGGAAUGGAGCGGGAUCAAGGAGUUCUAUUGACAGCCAGUCCAGUCUGAGCAACCUAAAUGGAGGUUCAGGAACUGUGAGAGAUGUUGGUGAUGGGAGCAGUACCUCCAGCGGUGGAAGUGCGGGAAGCCCAGACCAUCAUCUUAAUCAUUUACACAAGACUGUAGAAACCAAGGUUGGCACCAUAAGACGAUCGAUGGAUGAUCUUUCCACUCCACAUCAUCACAGGAGCAUCCCCAACGGACUCAAUGAUUUGCUAUCCUACAAAUUCGUCACGCACAGCACAGACACCUUGCACACCGAGUCCAAUGCGUAUUAA